UAUGAAAGAGACUGUGGACAAGCAAUUAAAGUUGGGGUCUCGGUCAAAAAAAAGGAUAGUCAAGUUAAGUGAUUGUUUGAUGUCAGGUGGUGUGUGGAUCUUGACCCUGCUUUUGAUUCCAGAACAAAAACUUGAGUAUCACCUGAUUUUGUUCAUGAGACUCUUGUGUCUUGCAUUGUUAGGAUUUCUGCAGUGUGUUGUUCAGCUUGCCUACUCAGGUCCUGACUGUUAAAUAAAACCACCUAGGUAUUCAUAUAAAUGCAUUUCCUAACAGGGCAUGACUUCUUCACAUGCAAGCUUCUUGCCCAGCUCUGGAGCUGCUGUCAAUAAGUGUUUGGGCUCAACAAACACUGAGCCAAGUUAGAAUUGAUAGUAAUGAUGGUAGUAAUUGAUGGUAUGAUGGCUCGUACUCUUACAUGGAUGCAUGCACAAUCUGGUGCCUUUUGAAAUUUUUUAAAUUUCCACUGCUGUAAAAUGUAGAAAAAAUCUCCAGCAAAAUACCUUGUUAAUACACAAUACAUUGGUAAGUAUCAAACAUAACUUUAACGUGGAAGUUUGUGAUUUUGACCCUCUGAUUUGCAGGUGGGACAGGUAUGGUGCGACAUAUGUUUGAUUAUUUUGUCUGUACUGUAAUAAAGCAAGACUGGUGUUUGACUUGGGCAACUCAUAAUCUACAAGAAAAUUUUUCAUUGUUUUUUGGUAAAAAAACUAAAAGGGGGAGAGAAAGUUAAAGCAUGGACUGAUAAUUGAAAUAAUGUAAUUAUUUCAAUCCAAGAAUUCUUGUAAUUCAUUUUUAGUUUUGAUUUUGCGGGGGGCAGCGGGGCAGUUGCCAUUGCAGUACCACAAAACUACAGGCAGGUUCUUGGGACCAGUACCUAAUUGGUGGGAAAAAUGCAGUGUCCUAGAGAACUAAUGUUAUAACUGUUUAUAUUAGUAAUUCUUUUGGGCGUGUAGAAGAAGCAGAAUAAGAGGAGAGUCAGGCACACGCAUACUCUUUAAUUACCCAUGGGUGGCUGUAGAGUUUGCUGGAGCAGAGUACUCUGGAGCCCCAGGCCGAUACCUGUUCAUCACAAAAAUUUUGGUCAGGUGAAGGCUUUCAAGUUAGUGAAGUAAUAUUCGCUUAGUGGUUAAUUACAGUAGCUCAUUAGUGGAUAAUCCAGGGUAGCUUAUUCUUUUGUUGCUAUUAUGGCAUAAUUGGGUUUUUAGAGGACUUGGGGUCAGUAAGAACACAAUAUCCACAUCUGAGUUUGGGAAAACACUUUGGUUCUGUGACAUUUUCCAGAAGACACUGUGAAAAGGAGUGCUACUUUCUUCAUUUCUGGAGGAUAUAAGCUAGAUUGAGAGUUAGGAACUGAUUCAACUCUGUUGAUGAUGAUUUUUCUUCAUAUUAAAACUUGGAAUAAAAGUGUUACGCAUCUCUUAAGUUAGCACCUGUGCUGAAUGUACCAAAUUCUUGUGUCUGCAAGGAACAUUCUUAUGUAAGAGGCUGUAACAGAGAAACUUAAUACCUUUUUCUAUUUUUACUUUGAAAUUUUGCACAGCUCCCACUAAUCUGAACAGCUAUUUUUGCAUUAUACUACUUCAUAGCUUCACAAAGUCAGUUGUUUGGGGUUUUGUCUAACCUUUUAUAUGUCUACUAUAAGCUUGAAAUCACUGUGCUAAGGUUUUCCAAUCCUUUUAUUUAUUGAGAGGAAGGAAGCAAUGCUUUUCAGGUGCACCCAGGUUUUACACUGCUUCCUUUAAAAGUACUUGAGCAAUUCUUUUGCUUUUGUUGUAACCAAAACCCCUCAUGUUACUGAUUGUCCUUGGCAAUUUCAGCUGCUGGCCAUUUUCCUGUAUCUCACCAUUAAGCUUAUAUUAGGUUUUUAAAUGCAUUCUGUGACAUGCUUGUAUUGAGGAUCACUCCAUUAAUAGUUCAUGUGUGUGCCCAGGGAACAGCACUGUUCUUUCUGAGUUGGGGUUUGUACCACCCCAUGAUGCUGUUGCUGGGGGGUAAGGAAAGCUCUGUUCUCGUGUUGAGCACACUGGUUAAGAACGUUGCUGCAGAGACCUGUAUGUGACUGCGUGGUGAGGAAAGAAUUAAACAAAAGCUGACUAGCUGUUCUACCCUCCUAAGUCGGAUUUACAGGAUUUAAGCAGAUCUGCUGGAAUUCCUUGAUCUUAUUCCUGUACCUUAUAGCUUGACUAUUAUACCAGUUCUGGGUAUGAUUGCUGUUAACUACUCCUUUUAGGCUUUCACUGUGGAGGUAGCAUUAAUAUUUUGGCUGGUCCUGAUGAAUAGUUGUCCUGCCAGUUCAGGAGAAAUAGGUUGAAUUCCAGAGAGCCAGGGGCAUUUUAGAAGAUGGCAUUUCUUGUUCAGAAGGGCCAAUACAGAAAAAUCUGGCAAAAUCAAGACAGACUCUGUAGGGAAUCAUAGACUUCCUGUAAUAGAACUAUGCUUAUAUCAGGGUGAGAAGGUGACUACUGUUAAAUAGAAGAUUUAGAAAGUUCAGGAUGUUUUACCUUAUUUGUAACAUUACUGAUCUAAAGUGCUGUAUUUAUAUUGGUAUAAUUCCCUUUUAGGUCUUCCUCUCCACCUUGGAGAGUAGUCAUGAGAAGCUUUGAAGCUUUUGAGAAUCUGAGAUCCACUUCUCUCAAGGAAUGUCAUGUGUGUGCAAAAAAACUAGGGGAGUCUUGGUAAGAAGGAAAUAGUUCCAAAACACUACCUGCCAGAGAGGAGACAACUGCAAAACCCACUGUAUCUUCCCAGUUCAUCAUUCUUCCAGAAAGUGAAUACAGGCUUGGACUUCUGUUGUUUUUGGUGCACUGGUUUGUGUUUCCUUUAAAGUUACUUUAUGUAUUGAAUCACUUUAUUUAGGAAAACUUUGCCUUGACAGGCAAACAACUUAGAAGUUACCACAAGAGAAAUCCAGUGCAGGCUUCUGCUAGAGGUGUUAAACCCUGUGUGUCAGAGGCCUGAACAGGGAGUGUCUCAUGGGAUGGAGUUCUGAAUGAGCAUCAACAACCUCUAAGAAGAAUCAAUGAGAAGAGAUGGGGAGAGGAACGGCAAAGUGAAAUUCUAAGAUGCUGCGAGGAACUUUGAUCCCUUUCCUCACAUCCCUUUCCCUGCGUAGAAAUGGAAAAGGCACCCUGCUCCCUCCAGUGCGGAGCGGCUAGCAUGGGAAAGCAGACCCUGGCAGCUGAACGAGGAUGUGAUACUUGAAGAACCUUCUGCUCACUUUGUACAUGAGGGAUGGAAAUCUCCAAAAUACUCGGGCUCUUGGUAGAGCUCUCAAGUCUGCUAUUCUGUCUCAGAUGUGUGGAGGCUUUCCUGGGAUCCAAGCCCAACCAAAACCAUUUGCAGAGUGCAGCGCCCAGCAUCUGUGCUGUGGGACCUUUCGGGUACUACAAUGGCUCACUGGCGGUCACCGAGGCCGGGGCAGAGUGUCUCAACUGGGCAGAGUUCCCUGAUUAUGUUCAGCAGUACCCAGACCGUGGCCUGGGGGACCACAACUUCUGCAGGAACCCAGAUGAGGGAACAACGCCCUGGUGCUUCUACAGGCUUGUGUCAGGGGCCAUUGGCUGGGCCAACUGUGAUUGUAACCAAGGUGCUGUGCGGUUGGCUGAAGACAGUAGUGUGGAGCUGUACUUCAAUGGACUCUGGGGUACCAUCUGUGCUGACCACUGGACUGACUGGGAUGCCAGUGUUGUCUGCAGGCAACUAGGUCUCAGUGAGAUCGGCACAGCUGGGAAGAAGAGUCAUUCCAGACCAUGGCCUGUUCCCCUGCACCUGCAGUCAGCAAACUGCCAUGGAGAUGAGGAAGCCCUGCUGCAGUGUGGCUAUCAGGAAGCUCUGUCAGGAGCUUGUAACCAGGGGAGUGCCGUGGUAACUUGUGUUCCUCCAGAAGGUGUAGGUGCCCCACUUCGUAUAGUUGGGGGGAAGGAGAGCUUUGAAGGGCGAGUGGAAGUUUACCAUGAUGGCAAGUGGGGAACCAUCUGUGAUGAUCAGUGGGACGACCGGGAUGCUGAAGUAGUCUGUAGACAGCUGGGACUCAGUGGGACCCCAAAAGCCUUGUCAUGGGCUCACUAUGGGCAGGGAUCUGGCCCAAUCCUGCUGGAUGAAGUGCAGUGCUCAGGGAAUGAACUGUCCCUUGAUCAGUGCAAGAAGAGUGACUGGGGACAGCAAAACUGUGACCACAUUGAAGACGCUGGGGUGUCCUGUGACCCUUUCACAGAGGGCAUGGUCCGGCUGGCUGGCGGCCGCAGCCCCAGCGAAGGCAGGGUGGAAGUUUACUACAAUGGAGACUGGGGCACAGUGUGCGAUGAUGGCUGGACAGACCUCGGUGCCCAAGUGGUCUGCAGGCAGUUGGGCUUCAGUGGUCCUGCUGCCCUGGCCUCUGAAGGAGACUAUGCUGCUGGCCAAGGCUUCAUCUUACUGGAUGAUGUGGCAUGUGUGGGGACAGAGCUGUCUCUCCUGGACUGUCCCCACAGCAACUGGGGGCAGCAUGACUGCUCCCAUGUUGAGGAUCUGGGAGUCCGUUGUUCCCCAGAAAGCAACACGGUCAUGGAUGGCAGCCUGGGGCCUCCUGUGCGGCUGGUGGAUGGAGAAAGCACCAAGGAGGGCCGGGUUGAGGUACUGCUGAAUGGGCAGUGGGGCAGUGUCUGUGAUGAUGACUGGACAGACAGAGAUGCCACUGUGGUUUGCAGGCAACUGGGAUUCAGUGGUACAGCAAAAGCCAGGGCAAUGGCUUAUUUUGGCGAAGGCCAUGGGCCCAUCCAUCUGGACAACGUAGAAUGCAAUGGCAUGGAGCAUACCCUGGGGCAAUGUGCCAUGCCUGACACCAGGAUUCACAGCUGCUGGCACAGUGAGGAUGCUGGGGUGAUCUGUGACUAUGUGGAAGAAAAGGUCCAAGAUAUCAGGAGAACAGGUCCAGAGUCUGGUGUGUGUGGGAUGCGCCUGCUUCACCGUCGCAAGAAAAGGAUCAUAGGUGGAAACAAGUCUCUGAGAGGCAGCUGGCCAUGGCAGGCCUCACUGCGGCUGAAGGGUUUUCGUCGAGAUACUCGUCUGCUGUGUGGAGCAACACUGAUCAGCAGCUGCUGGGUGGUGACUGCAGCCCACUGCUUCAAAAGGUUUGGUGUUGAUGUGCGGCGCUACCUCCUGCGGGUGGGCGAUUACCACACAGGUGUGAAGGAUGAGUUUGAGAGGGAGCUGCCUGUGGAGCGGAUUGUCCUCCACAGGAACUAUUGGGCUGGCAGCAAUGAUAAUGACAUAGCCCUGGUCCGGAUGCGGGGCAGAGAAGGGCACUGUCUCUCCUUCAAUCACCAUGUUCUGCCCAUCUGCCUGCCUGACAGGAGAGAGAGGUCUGACAUCAACAGGCAAGCCUGCAUCAUCUCUGGCUGGGGAGACACAGGGAAAUCCUAUUCCAGAACCCUGCUGCAGGGGGUGGUGCCCCUUCUCCCACGGGAAGACUGUGAGGCCCGUUACGGGCGGAAGUUCACCAACCGCAUGAUUUGUGCUGGGAACCUCUCUGAAGAUAAACGGGUGGACAGCUGUCAGGGUGACAGUGGAGGGCCACUCAUGUGUCAGAGAUCAAAUGGACGCUGGGUCAUUUUGGGCAUCACUUCCUGGGGGUAUGGCUGUGGUCGGAAGGAUUCGCCCGGUGUGUACACAAAGGUCAGCAAAUUCGUACCCUGGAUCAAGAAAGUGACCAAGCUAAAAUGAAAAUGACUGAGCUCUUGGAAUUUCAGCAUAUGGUCCUUUUGCCCUGCAGUAGCAGAAGGCCGUGGCUUCUGGCCUUUGACUGAUGGAGAUUUAUUUGUCAUUGGACACUGGCAAAAGAUUUUAAUGUAGAACUGGAAGGAAAACAGUUAUGACCGAUUCUUUAAAGUCUUUGGUUUCACUUUAGUCUGUAAUCUGUAAGCAGAGAAAGCAGGUGCACAGUGGUAACAAUGAUAAGUACACGUUGCUCUAAAUA